AACAACCCAGAAUGCACCACCUGGAGUUAGAAAUCGUCUGUUUUGGUGGUGUUUAGGAGCUGUCGGCCGAUUUAAACAACAUUUUCUACGUUUUUACUGUGUGUGUGUGUUUGGCUUUUUUACUUCCCCCGCGUCCAUUCACAAACUAAAAGUUGUCCAGUAAACAACGUCUGUCGUCGUUUCUGCCUCCAUCUGGCUCCACGGGAAAGCUGUCACGGAUGACUGACACACACGAUGAAGAAAAUCUGGAAAAUGAAGGAGAUGGGCUUACAACUGUUGCAUACUUUUUCCCAAAUGGUGACAGAUAUGAAGGGGACUGCAGCGGAUCCGAUUCAGACGGACUGGUGAGGAGCGGCAUUGGAAAGCACACUUCAGCUAAUGGCCUCACUUACGUCGGAGAGUGGUGCAAGGACAAGAUGCAUGGCAGAGGGAGCCUGCAGUAUCCCUCUGGAGCUCGAUAUGAGGGAGAAGUCAAAGGCAACAUGUACCACGGCGCAGGAACAUACACCUUCUCUGAUGGUUCUGUGUAUAAGGGUCAUUUUCAUGAGAAUAGGUUUAUGGGAGUCGGGACCUUUAUUGAUGCACAAGGACAGGUUUGGACCGGAGAGUUCCACGGCAAAGAAGCACUUGGCCUUAAAAUGCAGCCCAUUCAGGCAAAAGAGGCAGCUUAAAAUCUAUAUUUCUGACUUUGGGGGAUAAAACACCAUUUCUAUAUUUCAGUUGUGGGCUGUUUUGGCGUAUUUGUCAAGGCAUGUUUGAUGCAUGACUGGUUAAUUUAUCUUCAUAUCCAAAAACACCCCCUAGUUGUAUGUUUGCAUUACUGUGGGUAAAUAUCUGUGAAAACGGUGAUUCAUGUCUGCUGCUUACAGUCAUUCUCUCUCAGCUGUCUCUGCAUCCUAACGGGUUGCUUUGCUGCAGAGCAGAAAGUGUCGGUUUGCUUAAGCUUCAUUUAACACAUUAAAAAAAACACGCUGGGCUGACUUUUCAGGCCCCUUGGCCCCAUUUUUUCCCCCUCCCUGGGUAACAGAACACUUUCACUUCAUUCUCCAAGAGCACGAGUUCAAAACGUUAGACUCUUCCUGCAUCUUUUUCCUGCAAUGGUCCAAGAAGAGUUAUUUUUCUUGCAUUUCUCUUACAGUUGAGCUUGAAAUUAUUCAUACUUUUGACCAUUGUUAGAUAUGUAACAUUUUGUUCAACACCUCUUGUACAUCAUUUUCAAUUAAACAGUAACUUCCUGGUUAAAUGAAUGUACUUUAAAGACUCACUCCGAAGAAUUGUUAGUGUUUUUCUCAUAAUGGAGGACACAUAUAAAGAAAGUUAGCUUACAAUUCCAUUUCCGAGUAUUUCUUUAUUCAAAUCGCUGUGAAUCAGGAGCAAAGAAAUGCUUUUGGAAAAAGCUUGUAGGUGUGAUGUAAGAGCUACUACUUCAACAGCAAAGCCACAUACUACUGCCUGCUCUGCUCCAUUCUGAUGCACUUGCUGCGUCCCAGCAAUACAAAAUAAAAGACUUCAGAAACCUGUCUCUUGGAUGGGUCAAAAUGACCCGGUUAGAUCCAUGUACGUCUUCGUUUUCCUCAUCCAAAGCUGGCAUCUGGCUCAAUACUGUAAGGCUGGAUUGCUCCAAUAUUGCUCGCCAUUUUUGUCGAACAGGUUGGAGUCGUAAGCUAGCGGGAGAGGAAGUAAAGACGGAUGACGGGAAGUGGGGGCAGCCUUGAACAUUUUAGGGUUUGACUGAAGAGUCAAAAAGGAAGGUAAUGUGUGAUCAGUUUGAUCUUGAUUACAAGGACAAGAUUCAAUAAAAAUGUACACCAGUCAAA